AUGCAAUUGGGUUUGAUCAGUUCUUCCAAUUACAAUUUUGGAAUGAUCGCACGAAAUUACUACUACUGGCAACUCGAUUACUGGAAGCGGCGUGGGAUUCCGGGUCCACCAGGAAUGAUUUUUCUGGGAAACAUGUAUGAGCUGACAGACAGAUCUAAACCAGUCGGAUUGGUCUUGCGAGAGUGGACCAAAACUUACGGCAAAGUUUAUGGUAUCCAAGAAGGAUUACGACGGGUGAUUGUAAUCAGCGACGUUGAUAUGAUUCGCGAGCUGUUCAUAAAAAAGUUUGAUUAUUUCUACGGUAGAAAGAAUAACGUCAUUGGAGGUGAUGUGGAGAACGACUCUCGAGUUCAUGUCUUCGAAGCACAAGGUGUACGAUGGAAACGCCUCAGAGCGAUCUCUAGCCCUGCUUUUUCCUCGGGUUCCUUGAAAAAGGUGCUUUUGAGAAACCUUGAUUUCAGAUUUUAUAAAGAGUUCACAAUGGAUGUGAUUUGCCGCAUCGCAAUGGGUCAGCAAGGUUCUGAGAUGUUCAAGAACAAAAAGAAAGUGGCUACUAUUGACUCCGUGGGUGUAAUUCGUCAUGAAAAAAAAAUUUAUUUGCUAAUCAAAAUUGCUGCUCAGUGCUUCGUGUUUCUACUAGCAGGCUUCGACACUACAGCCACCUCACUAGCAUUCGUCACCUAUCUGUUGGCGAAGAAUCCUCGAGUUCAGCAGAUUCUACAAGAAGAGAUUGAUCAGCUUAGUGAUAGUGAGACAAUCAACUAUGAGACUCUCUCAAGUAUGAAGUAUCUCGACUCCGUCAUGAAGGAGUCCUUGCGUAUCUAUCCCCUAGCAAACAUAGCUAACUCACGUCGCUGUAUGAAAUCGACCACGCUCGGACCGAUCACGGUCGAAGAGGGUGAAUUCGUAAUGGUCGAUACCAUGUCUCUCCACUUUGAUCGCGAUCUUUGGGGAAACGACGCAGAGGAAUUCAGACCUGAAAGGUGGACUGAAUCGACGGAGAGGUCUUCAGCGGCAUUCCUAUCUUUUGGUCUCGGUCCCAGGCAGUGUAUAGGAAUGCGACUAGCUCAUAUGGAGGAAAAGCUUGUUCUCGUUCAUCUUCUGAGGCGGUAUGACAUCAUUGCAACAAAUGAUACCGAGGUGAUUCUACUUUUUGUCCUUUUAAGACCGAGACUCUGA